AGUCAACGGCAGACACAGAAACAGUCGAGCUGGUAAUACACAAGAACACAUGUUGAGGUCUCGGGGCGGCGCUGCAGCGCUUUCGGCAGCAUCCUCGCGGCACCCACCGCUGCCGGUGAAGCUGUCGGUGAGGCUGGGCCCCGGCGUGAGCCUGCACAGCGGCCUUGCUGCCGCGCUGCUGCAGGAGCUCAUCAAGUUCAUCCAAUUUGCGCGCGGCCAGACGCAGACGCCCUUUGAGCACCUUCGGGCCGCGCUGCAGAGUAGCCUGGAGUCGCUGGCGGAACAGCAUGAACAGGAGCAGAAACAGGAGCAGGAGCUUCGCGCCUCGGGUGCGACUCAUGCAAGGCUGACCCGGCCGCGGCGCAGCAGGCGCCUGCGGCUGCCCUCGGCUGUAAACCGCAUCAUCAAGUUUUCCGAGUCCAUGGAUGCGCUGCUGGCCGCCGCCAGCCCCCAGCUGCUGGCGGCAGCGCAGCCCGCGGCCGUGGCGGUGGUCCUGGGCGCCUGCCCCCACCGGCCCCGGGAGCUAUACCACAUCACCUUCAGUGGGCCCGACGGCCAGCCGCUGCUGCCUCUGCUGCAGCCGCCCCCAUCCCCGCAGCCGCUGCAACCGCCGCGGCCGCCGCAGCCGCAGCCUGCAGCAGCAACGGGAGCCGUGCUGCUUGCGCCGGCGGCAGGCAGCACGGCGGCGGCAUCUGGGUCAGAGGCCGCGGCGGCGGCAGCUGCUACAGACGCAGAAACAGGCGGUUGGAAGCCGCCUAUGCCGCCGCCGCCACUGUCACCGCCGCCGCACGGGCAACAGGAACAGCAGCAACAGCAGCAGUUGCACCCCCCGGGCCAGGCCGUGCCGCGGCGCGGCGCGCGGCGUCACCAGGUGCCGCGCAGCUUGGGUCCGGACGCGGCGGCGGCGCUGCAGGCGGGCCUGAGCGACCGGGAGCGGGGCGCGGUGCGGCGGGCGCUGCGCGGGCUGGUGGUGGCGCAGACCUCUGUGGAGGCGUGGAGCAGGCUGCAGCGGCCGACCAAGAUGUGGCUGGCAGUGGCCCCGUCCGCCGCCGCGGCCAGCACCAGCGGGCCUGCUGCACCUGAGGCCGCCGCCACCGCUGCCGCCGCCGGCGCCGCCGGCGCCGCACCCUCAGCUGCUCCGCAGGCCUACCGAGACCGAAGCUGGGGGGCAGCAGCUGCUGCUGCAGGUGCUGCUGGCGGCUCGGCAAAAGUGCCGGCACCCUCGACGCCUCCGCCACCGCCGCCACCACCACAGGGCAGCGGCUUCCGCAUGUGCACGCGGCUGCCCUUCACCGCGGGCGCCGCCUGCGCCGCCCACGGCGCCUCCGCCGCGACUGCAACGGCGGCGGCGGCGCGGUCAACGCUGCCUGGCGCCUCACGUGCGCUACGGAAGACUUUGCAGGUGCACAUCGACAUUCAGGCCAGUGGCGGCGGCAGCAGCGCAGCCGGCGGAGCCGGGUGUGGCGGCGGCGCCGGCGUCCCUGGGUCGAGGCACGGACCCCACGGCGGCGGCGCGCAGGGCGCGGGCUUGGCAGGCGCAGGAGGGGCAGGAGGCGGCAGAGGUGCCGCGGCUGGCCCCGUGGCGUGGUCCACCAGGCCAGGUGCUGGCGGCGGCGGCCACUAUCAGGCCCACGACGCCGAAGCGCUUGUGAGCCUGCAGCUGGCGACCUCCAAGCUCAGGCUGAGCCAGUCCCCUGCUGCUGCGGCGGCGCCGGUUGCGUCCACGGCGGCGGGCCCGCGCCGCAGUAGCGCCGGCGGCGACAGGAGCUACAGCCAGGCGAGCGAUGAAGCGGAGGGGCAGGCGGCGCUGCUGCGGGGAGAUGGUGGGCUUGGUCCGGGUGCUGCGGCCGGGAGUGCGGCCGCCAUGGGCACGCCGCAGUCGAAGCAGCGGGGCGGCAGCGGGGUGGCGGCUGCGAGGGAGGUGGGCAUGGGUGCUGGAGCUGGGGCAUGCGGCGGCGGCGCAGCCGCCAAAGGCGCCUUUGGAGCUGGUGGUUUUGACGCAGCAGCCGACGCACGGGCCGGCAUGGAUUUGGAUUUGAAUCCGGAUUUGGGUCAGCAGGAGGCCGUGGGACGGCUGCCCGAGCCUGUCAUGCUGAGCCGCGCGCCGUCUGUGUGGUGGCUGUGCGCGACGUCAGUGCGCAGCGUGGUGAAGCCUGAGGACCAAGAAGGCUGAGAAGCUGAUGGCGCCGCGGUUGGGGUGUGGCGGGUGCAGCUGGCUAGUCCCAGGCUACGGGUGGGUGCCGUAAGGUACGUGACUGCGAAAUGCAAUGGUAGGCAACCAUCCGUACCUGCACUGGCAUGCAGCUGGAGUGGCUGCUAGCCGCUAGGGUAAAUAUUGAUCACGCCAUGCUGGACUUAAAUAUUGAUUCACAGG